CGCCCGCUCUCAAUUUGGACUGUCGGCAGUGAUGCACAUUUCACCAGCCCACGUCCUUUCUCCGUUGAGCCAAGGAAGGGACUACGUCCCCCAGCAGGCACUGGCGCAGAGGAUGUGCUAGGCCGCCAUCUUUAUUGUAGUCCUUUCUCCUGUUUCCACAGGGAGUAGCCUUAGCGAAUGAACUACAUAUCCCAGGUUACCGUCUCCCCAUUCCUCCAGCGGCCAUCUUUGCUGGUAGACCCCGCCCCUUUCCCCUUCCAUUGUCUGAACGAAGAUAAUAGAAGGGAGCCGGGAAGACUGCAACUCCCGUUAAGCUUUGCGCCAAGAGGAGGGGAAUUUCGAUAUUACAGGAGGGCGAGGUUCCAAGGUGGUAGAGUGAGGCCACCGCCUGCCAUUUUUAUGGUAGUCUCCUUAUCGUCUGGGUCCUGCCAUUCUUAAGGAACUCUAGAAGGCUAGGAAACUACUAGUCCCAUCGCACCUCAUAAGAAGGACUACUAGUCAGGUGUCCGCCCCUCUUCCGCCAUCUUGCUUGUAGUCCUCGUUCCUUUUCACCUUUCCAUUGUUCCUGAAGAGUAGAAAUGGCAGCGGGAAGGCAGCAAACGGACUGCGACUCCCGUCAGCCCUCGGCGUUGCUGACGCCCCCAAUGUCGUCGAGCAGCCGGGGGCCGGGGGCCGGAGCGCGCCGACGCCGAACCCGCUGCCGCCGCUGCCGGGCCUGUGUGCGAACUGAGUGCGGGGACUGCCACUUCUGCCGAGACAUGAAGAAGUUCGGGGGGCCCGGGCGCAUGAAGCAGUCGUGCCUGCUGCGGCAGUGCACCGCCCCCGUGCUCCCACACACAGCUGUAUGCCUCUUGUGUGGGGAGGCUGGGAAGGAGGACACAGUGGAGGGAGAGGAAGAGAAAUUUGGUUUGAGCCUCAUGGAGUGUACAAUCUGCAAUGAGAUCGUCCACCCUGGCUGCCUGAAGAUGGGGAAGGCUGAGGGUGUCAUCAAUGCAGAGAUCCCCAACUGCUGGGAGUGCCCUCGCUGCACCCAGGAAGGCCGGACCAGCAAGGAUUCAGGUGAGGGACCAGGCCGCCGCAGGGCUGACAACGGCGAGGAGGGCGCCAGCCUGGGGAGUGGAUGGAAGCUGACGGAGGAGCCGCCACUUCCACCACUUCCACCCAGGCGCAAAGGUCCCUUACCUGCUGGGCCCCCCCCAGAGGACGUGCCUGGGCCCCCCAAAAGAAAGGAGAGGGAGGCAGGGAAUGAGCCCCCUACCCCAAGGAAAAAGGUGAAAGGAGGCCGAGAGAGGCACCUGAAGAAGGUGGGUGGAGACGCCUGCCUCCUCCGAGGAUCGGACCCAGGCGGCCCCGGCCUUCUGCCCCCCAGGGUUCUGAAUCCGAGCCAGGCUUUCUCGUCCUGCCACCCUGGUCUCCCUCCCGAGAACUGGGAGAAACCAAAGCCGCCUUUGGCCUCUGCUGAGGGCCCGGCGGUGCCUUCCCCGUCACCCCAGCGGGAGAAGCUCGAGCGCUUCAAGCGGAUGUGCCAGCUGCUGGAGCGGGUGCCCGACACAUCCUCAUCCUCCUCGGACUCCGACUCAGACUCCGACUCGUCAGGCACAUCGCUGAGUGAGGAUGAGGCUCCUGGCGAGGCCCGGAAUGGGCGACGGCCAGCCCGGGGCAGCUCGGGCGAGAAGGAGAACCGCGGGGGGCGGCGGGCUGUGCGCCCUGGCGGCGGAGGGCCCCUCCUCAGCUGGCCCCUGGGCCCCGCACCCCCGCCCCGGCCCCCACAGCUGGAGCGGCACGUGGUGCGGCCCCCGCCUCGAAGCCCUGAGCCUGACACGCUGCCUUUGGCUGCUGGAUCCGACCACCCCCUGCCCCGCGCCGCCUGGCUGCGUGUCUUCCAGCACCUCGGGCCCCGAGAGCUAUGCAUUUGCAUGCGAGUGUGCCGGACUUGGAGCCGCUGGUGCUACGACAAGCGUCUGUGGCCUCGGAUGGACCUGAGCCGGAGGAAGUCACUGACCCCGCCCAUGCUUAGUGGUGUGGUUCGCCGCCAGCCUCGAGCCCUGGACCUCAGCUGGACAGGUGUCUCCAAGAAGCAGCUCAUGUGGCUUCUGAACCGACUGCAAGGCCUGCAGGAGCUAGUGCUGUCUGGCUGCUCCUGGCUCUCUGUCUCUGCCCUGGGCUCAGCCCCACUGCCGGCCCUGCGGCUCCUGGACCUCCGCUGGAUUGAGGAUGUUAAAGACUCCCAGCUCCGCGAGCUGCUGCUGCCUCCGCCAGACACCAAGCCAGGGCAAACGGAGAGCCGAGGCCGGCUGCAGGGGGUAGCAGAGCUGCGCCUGGCCGGCCUGGAGCUGACGGACGCCUCCUUGCGGCUCCUGCUGCGCCACGCACCCCAGCUGAGCGCCCUGGACCUGAGCCACUGCGCCCACGUUGGGGAUCCCAGUGUCCACCUCCUCACGGCCCCCACCUCCCCGCUCCGAGAGACCCUGGUACACCUCAAUCUCGCCGGUUGUCACCGCCUCACGGACCACUGCCUCCCGCUGUUCCGCCGCUGCCCGCGCCUCCGCCGUCUCGACCUGCGCUCCUGCCGCCAGCUCUCCCCGGAAGCUUGUGCCCGGCUGGCAGCCGCCGGGCCCCCUGGCCCCUUCCGCUGCCCAGAAGAGAAGCUGCUUCUCAAGGACAGCUAGUUGGGUGCCCCCCACCCUCCCCCAGGACUCAUCAGGAGCCUGGACCUCAGGCCUUCAUUUCACCCCUGCCAGGAGGCCAGGUCACCCACCUCAUGACUUGGGAUUCCUGAGUUUUACGACUUGGGGUUCCUGCCCAGGGACUCGAGCCAGCCUCCCCCACUCUCUACCCCCUGCACUGAUAUCUCUGGGGGUCUCUUCUUCCCAUCCCCUCCCCCUUCCACCUGCUUCAUCGACCAUCCCCUGGGGGAAGCGGGUCAGAGGUACUGGGGGGCGCUGAGCCAAAGGGCUGGUGGGAGGGGGGUUGAGGUGCAGUUUGAGGGGGGGAUGAAUGGGGAGAGUAUCUGCACACAGGAUGUUGGGAGCAGGGGGCUGGGGGAGGUGGAGGAUGGGCUGGGGGGUGGGGGGUGGGCAGAGAGCAGACCAUCAGGGGUUCAGGGAACAAAGACCAGAUACUUGGAGUUGGGGGGGUAGGGUGGGGGGGCCAAAAAGGGAAACCAGAGGAGCAAUUGGGGAUCCAGGUGUCAGAGAUGAGGGGACUCGGGGAACCAGGGGGAAAGCAACAGGACUGAGUGAGGGGCGGGGGGCAAGAGCAGGUGCAGGGAGGGUGGUAGUAGCCCCUCGGGGUCACCCCUCUCCUUCCUCCCUCCCCGGAUUUCAGUUCCUUCUCCCCAACCCUGACUCCUUGAAAGUCACUGACAAUGGCAGCUAUCUUGAGGAGUGGGGCCCGCGGGCCUGCCCGCUGUUCAGCGCGCCCUGGGGAGUGGUGAGGGGUACCCCAGCCCCCUACCUGCCUCCCCGCACUAUACUUGAACAUUCAUCUGUACUGAAGUGUUACUUGAACCGGGGGAACCUCGGACCUGGGGGAGCCAGAGCUUAAGGGGACUGGACCAGCUUGGACUGAGACUGGACUGGUGGACCACCGAGUUCGGACUGGACCAGCCCAGGCUCUCUUGCUUUACUGUAUUGAGCAGCUCCACCCCUCCUGACCCUGAGGUGAGGGUAGGGGGCGGCGGGCCGGCCCAGUGAUGGGGAAGAUGGGACUCCUCCAGCUUGGCUCUUCCCACUCUUUCAUCGUCAUGGAACCUUGUAUCCCAUUUGCCCAGGGAACUGCCACUCCUGGUUGCCAUGGAAUUAGCAGCCAAUGGACACCUCCCAAAGCCAGUGCUAAGGCUGGAAAUGGCCCCUCUUAGUUGCCAUGGGAACUUAGUAACGACUCUUGGCCCUCUCGCGCCCCUUCCUCUGCCGGGGCGGGGCUUUGGGAGCCAGGGGUAGGGGCCGGGGCCAGCUCCCGCCCCUCAGCCCAGGUCUCCCUGGGGAGCCAGACUGGACCAUGUUGGGGAGGGGGGAAUAUCCACAUACCUCAGGUAACAGGGAGGUUCGCGGGUGGGGGGGAGGGACUGGGUGGACCAAAGGCCGGAGGGGAGGGGGUCCUGGGGAUUCGCAGAAGGCUUGAGGAUGGGGCCGCUUGGGGGAGGGGGAGGAGGCAGCCCAGCGAGGGAUAAGUGGGGGACCCAGCCGGGCUGGGCCCCUGGGCCCCGGGUCUGUACUAUAUGGUUUGCUAUAAAACUCAAAAUCUUCCAGGCGGG